AUGUACGGUCGGAAUCACAAAUCGGUGAGAGAAACCAAAUCGAAGAAAAAUACACAAAACCCAUCGUUUUCUUCCACCCUGCUUGAUGAAAUCUACCGUUCCAUGGAUGGCGGUGACGAGAAAUCCAGUGAAUUUAAGCUGCGAGAAGAGAAACAGAGCGUCGGUGCCAGAGCAAAAGCGAGCAGUGUGGUGGAGGACGAAGGAAUGGCGAGUCACCGGCGACCUUUUUUGGUUGAAAAAUGGAUGGAUAUGAAAACUUUUACCGGUCGAACGAGGCCUUCGACAUUGCCGGAAUUCCACCGGAAAUUGGCCCUGGAUAACGACCCGGUUUUCCUGAGUUCUGGGUCGAGUUCGUCUGAUUCGAGCUUCGGAUGGUUUUCUGAACCGGAUGGUUUCUGCGACUCCAGAUCGCAUAAACCAUCUUGUUUCAGUAAACCAAAACCCAUAAAAACUGAUGCUUUUUCGAAAAAACAUCAGAAAAUGGAGUUGGAUUAUUGUUCAAAUGAUGAUCAAACUACAAAUGGGGCUUUAAUCAAAUCGAAAUCUCGAGCAUUGAAGAUUUAUGCAAACCUCAAGAAAGUAAAACAUCCCAUCUCGCCGGGAGGUCGACUCACGACCUUUCUCAACUCUCUUUUCGCAAACGGGAACGUAAAGAAACCAAAAGAUUCGAAUUCAUCGGGUUUCGAUAACAAGAAGAUUAUCGAAAGAACAACCCAUGGAUCCACAUGUUCAUCAGCUUCAUCGUUUACAAGAUCAUGUUUGAGCAAAAAUUCUCCAAGAUCAAGGGAGAAGCUCAACAAUGGAAUCCGAAGAACGGUUAGAUUUUAUCCGGUGAGUGUAAUCAUCGACCAAGAUUCCCGUCCCUGUGGCAAAAAAUUCAUCCGUGAUGAAGAGGAUUUCACCAAGUACAACGAAGACGACGAUUAUAGUUACGACGAAGAUACAUCAAGCGAUUCGAGCUCGGAUUUGUUCGAGCUCGAUCACUUGUCCAUUCUAAAAGAGCGUGAUGAAGAACUUCCUGUAUAUGAAACCACCCAUUUUGGCACCAAUCGUGCGAUUGCUAAUGGGUUAAUUUGCUAA